AUGGAGCAGAGACAGCCAGCCGCGGAGUUGCCGGAGGAGAACUCGGAGGGCAGGCAGCGGGAGCUGGCCUCUAAGUGGUUCAGUGAGACUCAGGUGCCCCUCCUCCUGCACAAGGGCACCUUCCCCACCUGGUUCCAGGGGUGCAUCACCAGAAAAGGCAACGAUCGAUGUCGCCACUUUGUGAUCAACCUGAACAAGGCUGGGCAGCUCAUUGUCACAGGAGACACAGAGACCCACAGCAACCUUUCCGACCUGAUCAAGUUCUACACAACCAACCCUAUUGAGCCCUUUGGGGAGUUUCUGACAACACCCUGCUCUGAGCCCUCCACCAGCGAGCUCUACGAUGUUGUCCAGGUGGACCUGAAGGACAGGUCUGCGGUCAGCGUGAAGGCCAUGAAAGACAUAGCAAGCGUUCAAGUCCUGUAUGCCCAGCUGGAUCACGACAGAGGUCAGAUGAGGGCCCAGACCCCUCUGACCGGCUCCCAAAGCAAUGGACCCAGCUGCCCCUCUUGGGGCCAAUCCAAAACCCAGGAGGCCAAGCCCUGUCCAAUGCAGAAUAUGGUGUACUCAGAGCUGAACUUGGAGAACUGCCGGAGCAGGUCAUUACCCCUACUGGAUGACAGCACAGAGAUCCAGCAUGGUCACAGACUGAGUGCCCCUUCCCACACGCCCCCAAAACUCUCGCCCACCUCCUGCAAAAGAGCCACCUGUCACACCUACUCCCUUCUGGACCCGCGGGACCACAGCAGCCAGUCAGCCAGCCAGGGCCAGUCCAGCGGCAGCCUGGAGAAGCUGUGCGAUAACCCCCUCUACCAGACUGCCAGCGGGCUGCGACAGGCCCAGGACAGCGGGUGGGGGCCGCAUGGGCGUGGGUGGGGCCCCAUGGACCCCUCUCGGCCCCCUGCAGCAGCAACUCUGCAGGACCACAGCACGUACGCUCAGGUUCCCCACAAACCUCAGCAAGGCCGUGUCCUCACCAACAACACCUAUGAGCUGAUCCCAGAUCAGGGUUUCCAGAGCCUCCCACACAUGCCCACCGCCCACAGCAACACCUACGAGCCGAUUCCAAAUCAGGGCUUCUGGAGUGUCCCCCAUAUGCACACUGCCGACAGCAACACCUAUGAGCUGAUCCCAGAUCAGGGUCACAAGGAGAGCUCCAUCACACACACUGAUCACAGCAACACCUAUGAGCAAAUCCCAGAUCAUGGCCUCAGGGAUGGCCCCCAGAGUAACACCUACGAGACGCUGGAGAACCUUCAGCCAAAACACUCAGAGUCCAGCUGGGGAAUAAAGGAGCAGCAGAUUUAUAGUGCCCAGUUUGUGGAGAGCACAGUCAGCCCUGUAAGUGCUGAGGCAGCCCACGCCUAA